AUGUCCCGCCGCAAGAUCUCGUCAGAGUCCUUCAGCUCGCUGGGCUCGGACUGCCCGGAGACGAGCCCCGAGGAGGAGGGCGAGUGUCCCCUGUCCCGCCUCUGCUGGAACGGCAGCCGCAGCCCCCCCGGCCCCGCUGACAUCCCCUUCGCCGCCGCCGCCGCCGCUGCCAGCGCCGGGGCACGCCGCGCUCCGCGCCGCCGGCGGGUCAACCUGGACUCGCUGGGCGAGAGCAUCCGCCGGCUGACGGCCCCCGCGCCUCAGACCAUUCGGCAGACUCUUCAAAAGACACUGCAGUAUUUUGAGCAUCAAGUUAUUGGUUACAGAGAUGCAGAGAAGAAUUUUCACAAUCUAUCAAACAGAUGCUCCUAUACAGACUGCUCUGGCAAUGAAGAAACUGAAGAUGUCUCAGGAAUUCUCCAGUGUACGGCUAAUGUGCUUGGUCUGAAGUUUGAGGAAAUGCAGGAAAAGUUUGGGGAGGAAUUCUUCAAUAUCUGCUUUGACGAGAAUGAAAGAGUUCUUCGAGCUGUAGGUGGGACCCUUCAAGACUUCUUCAAUGGCUUUGAUGCUUUGCUGGAGCAUAUUAGAACUUCAUUUGGAAGACAGGCCACCCUGGAAUCUCCUUCUUUCCUAUGCAAAGAACUCCCAGAAGGCAAUCUCAUGCUUCAUUAUUUUCACCCACAUCAGAUUGUGGGAUUUGCAAUGACAGGAAUGAUAAAAGCGGCAGCAAAGAAGAUUUACCGCUUGGAAGUGGAAGUAGAACAGGUCACAAACGAUAAGUUGUGUUCAGAGGGGACAAACCCAGGUAACUGCAGUUGUUUGACUUUCCUUAUCAAAGAACAUGAAAAUGCAAAUACCACAAAAGCACUUCCACCAGGAACUUCCCAGUCCCCCUUAGACCUGAGGAUUAGUAUCAGCACCUUCUGCAGAGCUUUCCCCUUUCACCUGAUGUUUGAUCCAAACAUGCUGGUUCUCCAGCUUGGAGAAGGUCUUAGGAAGCAGCUGAGAUGUGACACUCAUAAAACGCUGAAAUUCCAAGAGUGCUUUGACAUAGUCUCUCCUAAAAUCAGUGCCACAUUUGAACGAGUUCUCCUGAGGUUAUCUACACCCUUUGUCAUCCGGACCAAACUUGAGGAUUCUGAUUCUGAAAGUAAAGAUAAGGUGAUGGAAAUUAAAGGACAAAUGAUUCAUGUGCCAGAAUCAAACUCUAUAUUGUUUCUGGGUUCCCCCUGUGUGGACAAGCUGGAUGAGCUGAUGGGCCGAGGCCUCCAUCUUUCGGACAUACCUAUCCAUGAUGCUACUCGUGAUGUCAUACUGGUUGGGGAGCAAGCAAAGGCACAGGAUGGCUUGAAAAAACGAAUGGAUAAGCUGAAGGCAACGCUAGAAUGUACGCACCAAGCUCUGGAAGAGGAGAAAAAGAAGACAGUAGAUCUCCUUAUUUCUAUUUUCCCCGAAGAGGUGGCUCAGCAGUUGUGGCAGGGGCAGCAGGUUCAGGCCAGGAAGUUUGAUGAUGUGACCAUGCUCUUCUCGGACAUUGUUGGCUUCACUGCCAUCUGUGCCCAGUGCACGCCCAUGCAGGUCAUCAGCAUGCUCAACGAGCUCUACACGCGCUUCGACCACCAGUGUGGAUUCCUUGACAUCUACAAGGUGGAAACAAUAGGUGAUGCGUACUGCGUUGCAGCAGGGCUCCAUAAGAAAAGCCUUAGUCAUGCCAAAGCCAUUGCCCUGAUGGCACUGAAGAUGAUGGAGCUUUCAGAAGAGGUUCUUACUCCAGAUGGAAGCCCGAUUAAGAUGAGGAUAGGCAUUCACUCAGGUUCGGUGCUGGCCGGCGUCGUCGGUGUGAGAAUGCCGCGCUAUUGCCUCUUUGGGAACAAUGUCACCCUGGCGAGCAAGUUCGAGUCAGGGAGUCACCCACGCCGCAUCAACGUCAGUCCCACCACGUACCAGCUUUUGAAAAAGGAAGAAAAUUUUAUUUUUAUCCCUCGUUCCCGUGAAGAGCUUCCAGAAAACUUUCCAAAGGAAAUUCCUGGGAUCUGUUACUUCCUGGAGGUCAGAAGUGGUCAGAAGCCGCCAAAACCUUCCGUCCCAUCUGCCAGAGUGAGAAAGGUGUCUUACAACAUCGGCACCAUGUUCCUCCGGGAGACCAGCCUAUGAGGCCUGCUGCAGAUCAAAGACUUGUCAAAAAAGCACAAGCCCAAACUGGGUCAUGACAGGGGAGUUGGAGGUUCUUUGUGUUUCACUGCCGCCUUCUGAGCAGGCAGUAAAAGCUCCAUGUAAUGUCAGGCAAUAAUCAUUUCAAAAGGUGGGUAACUCAUUUCAAAAGGUGGGUAACUGCUGUCGGGAAACAAAGUGGAGAUAGGGAAAAAAUAUUAAACAAUGUACUUCCACUUCCAGAGGAAUUUCUUUCAUAAACUUCAGUCUGGCCCCUCUAUGGCAAACAAAACAAUGAAACAAAACCCCAACUCUCAAAUUAGAGGUUGGUCUUGUUUUGUGCAGAAAGGAUGAUGGUUCUCUGUAGAUUUGCACCAGCUAAGCAGAAUUGAGAGUCAGUUCUGAUUAUGCAUUCCUGUAUUUAAUGUGUUCUUCAGUAAGGUAAUGAUGUUUUUUAACUUUAUGAACAAGCAUUUCAUACAUAUACUGUAGAGCUAUUGUAACCUUCCUGGCAGGAGGAAUUAUGACUCAAUACAAAUAUUGUAGGAAUUUUACCUAUUUUUAUACAUAUUUCACUUUCUGGAUAAUUACAUUCCACAUACUGUAAGCUGAGUGAGCUUAGAUAGCUUUUCAGAAGAAGUUACUGUAUAUUUCAUACAUUCUACCUAUCAAAACUUAUUGUUAUACAAGUGGGAAGAAGGCAUUUGUUGACUUUUUUGGCAACAAAAAAAAGAAUCAAUAUUUACAGAAUAAACCCCCCACUUUGAUAGAUCACUUUAUCUGGUUUUUAUGCUAAAGCUUUAGAUGAGCACUGUCUUCUUAUAUAAAAUAAUGUUCAGUGUUGUAUGUCCAGUCCUUCCAGGACAAUGUAAACAAAGUUCAGAAGAUCAAUGUAUGGACAAACAGAAAAGUUCUCUUGUUUUCCCUCUAAAUUAUCAGCCAAACUGAUCUUCAGUAAAAGCCCUGAACUUCUCUAAAAUUUUGGUCUUGUGAAAACUUAUUCUGAGGAAUUCCAGCGAACACUGGAAGAUCUCUGGAUGGUUUUCCACAUUUUUUAAUAGGACUUGUGCUCCUAGUCCAGAUUGAUAGUUGAAAAUCCAUUCUGUUAAUAAUGAUUGUUCAUUUGGAAACCUCCUCUAUUGUUGGAUUGGCUGAAAGUCCCCUGCUUUAUCUAGCUGAGAUCAAAAGAACCUCAAAAAGGGAAAGGCAGUACUUUUCCAGGUUUAAUGCAAAUGGCAGGUCAAGAUUUUUGUUAGUCCAAGACAAUUAAAAAAAAAAAAAAGAAAACAAAACCAAAAACCAAACAAAACCAAAACCAAACAAAAAGAAUUUUAAAAAGGCCAAUUCUUUGCUGUUCAAAAUUAAUACAGUAUUAUUGUUUUCAAUUAAUCCAGUUCAAGCAAGAUGUGUAUGUGUGUGUGGAACAUUUUUAGGCAUUUUUUUUUUCUCGGGUUUUCUUUUUCACAAGUAGUGGUGGUCAGUUUUCCUCUGUGGGUGUUCUGCCUUUGGAUCCUGCUGGGGUGGGUGAUGUUGUUGUGAGCUUGCAGAUUGCUAGUUAAAAUCUGUGCCGUGGUUCCAAAGUGGCUUAGCUGCACAUGGGCCUUUAAUCACUUCAAUCAAAGAUAAGGCUCAGCAGCAACUAGGAGGCAUAAGAUACUCUGCAUUUCUCUAAUUCAGAAGAGAAAUGAGUUUGCUUAUGGAUUUAGUAGUCACAACUAAGGCAUCAUGAGGCAUCUCUUGAAAGUAAGUAAAUAACUUUCACCACAUUUCAGGAUUGUCCAGCUGGAUCUUUCUGUGAAGGGAAUGACGGUUCUCUAUUUCUCCCCUUUGACCAGUAGCCCCUGUGAGUCAGCAUGGCACUGCUAGCCUGUGCUGAGAAUGUUUCAGGAUUCUUUUCCAUUAUGCCUUUCUGGAUGAGAAAGGACUGUCUUGAACCUUCACCGACUUCAGCAGACAGACAAUGUCUGAAUUUAUUGUGCAGGGAUGAGUUCUUCCUUGUGUAAGGAGGGUAGAUGCAUGGGAAUUAGCCUCAAAAUCUAUUUUAAUGCAAAUUUGCUCACUUUCUAGUGGGAUACUGAUGUUAAAGAUUUCUUCCAUUGGUAUUAGAGCAUUGUUGGGAUUAGAGUUGUUAUUUUUUCAUCUACCUUGAUAAACAGCAUACAGAGUUUUGUGGUCUAUCUAAAAAAUUACUUUAAAAAACUGUUCAAUUUGAGAUUGUGAAAUUUCCAUCCAAAUUACAGAUCUGAGAAUUUCCUGCACAGGAUGACAAGUUUUAGCCUAUAGCCAUUAGUUUGCACAUACACAGGAUGUAGCAUGCAUUUUUUUACCCUGGGAACACCAGUGAGAUGUGUAAGAAUCAGAAAUGGAUCAAAGUUCAUGUUUCACCACUGAAACAGGAAUGUCACUUCCCAGCUAAUAAAUCCAUAGUUUUGAUGUCAUUACUUAGUUCCCUAGAGUGAAUUUUUUUUCAGAUAGGCAUUAGUAGAUUUAGAUUUCAGUCUGACUUCUCUGGCACAUCUUCAUUGUUCAGUAGUUGCUGAUGUCAGAGUCCCAGCCUAUCUGGCCAACUCUUUUUCUCUUCUCACUGCCCACACUCCUAUGUGAAGAGUACAAAUUUAGAGGUUUAGACCAAAAGUUUGUAGUUUGAUAUCUUGUCUCUUACAGUUGCUAGUAAGAAGUGUCUAGGUUAAUCCUGCACCUGAUCUUGAUAAUGGAAACAUUUUCAUAGCAAAUGAUGGAUAAAUUCUAGUUUUACUGGCAAAUUGGAGAAGCAAUCAAAACCAGUUUGUAUCAACAUCGUCAUCCUCUCAGAGACUUUUUGUUGUAUAAGGAGACUUAAACUCAGAGAGAUCUGUGUGAGAACUGGUACCACCAUUGAUAGCGUUUGCAAAUAAAUCAUUUAGCUCCCCAAAUCAGAGUACACUGACUGUAUAAAAAUAUGCAGUCUUUGUUUUUCAUAAGCUUAUGUAAAGGUAACAUAUCUAGAACUGCAGUGCAGAUGCUAGGUAUUACGUUAUUUGUGUUAUGAUGAGGGAUGUUAAUGAAAAAAGUGUGGGCUCUCUGGGGACAUUUUUCUAUGUCAAUGUGAGGAAGGUGUAAAACAAACUCUCAGCGCUUUCUAAAUUAGUAGUUGCAUCUGCUGCCUUUCAUAUUCGGUUGCAAGCUUAUUUUUUUGGACACCUUUACAAAGUGAAAUGAAACUUAUUAUCAAGAUUGAUGUUGUCAUGUCAGUUAGGUGGUAGUCAGACUCAACAUUUCUCCAACAACGCUUACUUUUAGUGAUAGAGAAAAGGUUCUCAUUUUCCUGGCAUUGUCUUAUAAAUAGAAAGGUUCUCAGAAUGCUGUACCUUGAGAUGAUGAGGUGAAGAGGUUAGAGGUGCUGAAAUGGUUACAGAAAUAAUAUGCUCUAUUUGGAAUUUUCUUUCAACUUUUUGCUUCUUAUGAAACAGAGGAUCUUUGCCUCCUCUGAGUAAGAAUUUGCAUUCUUGUGUUUCUUCACGUAGCUGCAAGAAGCCACAUCUGCUGUCUUGAGUUUCUGUGCAGAACAAAUCUACCCUCUCUGGAAAGAGAAGGAGGAGAUCUAUUUUGUAUUGCAUGUACAAGGCAAAGGGAAGGUGAUGUGAGGAUCCCCCUACUGGGUUCAUCAAUCUCUUUGUGGCCAGUUGCUUGUACCAAGGCCAAAGUAAAGAGAGUCCACAGCCAUUUCCCCAGAACACUUUUUGCAGAUCUUGUGUCAGAUUUUUCCAUCUGUUUGAAGCUCUCCAUCACACAGGCCUUUCUGUGAUGCAGUUCAUAGAGAUCAUGAACUCAGAGCAAAAGGGAAAUAGUCAUGAAGUGGUAGGGUGGUGGAUAAAUUUUGUUAUGCAUCCCUCUGGUAAAAUUUGCCAUUCAAAGACAAAAGCCUCUGCAUGGGAGAAUUGCUACUAAGCCAGGACUCUCAAAGUGUGGUUUUCUUGCAAGAUCCCAAAGGAUAUUUCAGUUUUAAUUUCAGAGAGCCAAUAGUCAUUAACUGUGAUUGUGGUUUUGGCUUCUCUGCUCAUUCCCACAUUCUGUUUCAGAUCUGAGUCUGUUUUGAAGCCUGGAAACACGCCUCUGCAAACAGAAAACCAAAGCUCUUAAAACCUUGGAGAUCUUGUAUGGGAAUUGCCUGUUUUGAGGAAAUGCUUGUGAUUGAGUCAUUAACAGUCCAUGGCAGUUCAUGUGUGUGCACAUGCCAUUUCACAGUGCUAUCUCCUCUUGUGCUUACAGUGUUCCCUACCAAGCCCAACAGCAUCCAUCUUCCAUUUUUAACAUCCAUCUUCCAUUUUUCCUAUAUAAAGCAAGCAGUGCAAAAACAUGACAUGCUGCAUGCAUUUAAAAGUAUCAGCACUGCACUAAGAUGUAAACUCUGAUAACCAGUUUCGUAUUGUAUAUUUCUUGCUCUGAAUUGAUCCUUCUUUCAGGCAAUUUAAAAAUGAAUGGGAAAAAAAAUAGCACCCAAAACUGCAGUGUUGCAUUGCAAAUGAGUCUGAGAGCUGUAUUGGUUGUUGGGGCAAGCUGAAUUGCUGGACAGCUUUGUUGUUCUUGAGCUGCCACAAGCUGUCACAUGUACAUGCUUCAUGCAGACAGUCCUGUCAAGGAAUCUGUAAUCCAGCAGCAGGGACAUCUGAGUUUUCCUCUUCUAGUCUGAGGCCACUAUUUCACCUCUGCUGACUGCACAGAGCUCACUGAGGAGAGCUGAUUCCCUGUCCUAAUGCAGUCUCAGAGCUUCUGGCUUCCUUUCUGGAUUCUGGCGAUCUUUUGCAAAAUUGUGCAUGUGUAGUAUUGGAAAUAGCAGCGUGCUUAAAUUAGCAACAAAACAAGAAGCUAAAAAAAGCUUGUCAAACUCAGAGACAGUUGGUUCCUUUCCCUCGAGGUGAUACAUUAUUCAUAAUGCUGUACAGGAUUGAGGGUGCCAGUGACAGGAGAGGCUAUGGAUGAAUUAAAGAUGCUGAGUGUGCAGUAGACUCAACAAGUAGGAGUUGAUUGGCUUCUGCUACUGUUAAUAAUUCCAUUAUCUUGCAUGCUGUGUCCUGCUCUUGUCAGGGUUCUGCUCUCCAAAAGAUUUCCACUUCCCUUAGCACACUGUAUGUGACAUAGUGAACAAUUCCUAUUGUUGUUCUAAUUAGCAUAUAUUGUUGACACAGCUGCUUACAUCUAAAGAAUAACUGGGGUUAAAGGGCUGAUCUUACUUUUCUUGCAGCAGAGACAAAACUGCUAUGGUGGCACAGCAGGCACUCACAUCCUUAGAGAGGAAAAAGAAUGCAGUGCAAGUUUCCACUGGUGAAUUUGGGUGAAGUCAUUGCAUGAACAGCCCAUGGCAUGUUUUUUAGCUUUCACAAGCACCAAAUUUAUCUGUGCAGAUAGGAGUUACUCCUUAACGAUGUUAUUCAUUUGCAAUGCAUGAGCAGGCUUACAACAAAAAUCUGUGAAGUGUUUAACCUCAUACACAUGAUUGAUCUUUUGUGGCUUGGCUGUUAAUCAUGCUUAAAAGCAAGAGAGACAGUGAAACUGAGGAAUGCAGCAAUUCAAUCACAGGCAACAGAUCAUUCACCUCUGCAGUUGCUACCUUGCUCCUAUGGCUUAGAAAGGUUGACCUCCAGUUGUCUGUGGUCCAGGUUAGUGUCACUGUGUCACUGUAGCAACAGAAUGGCCUCUGAAAACAGCAUGAGGCAUCUCAGUCUGCUUCCCUCUGGGCUAGGGUUCGCAUUAGAGAGCCCAAUACAACAUGUGAUGCAAAGUGGCAACUUUGCUGGCAGCCUUAACAAAAGAAUCAGUGGAAACAGAUGUUAAACCAGCUGUUUACUCCAGGGAUUUUAGUUUCCAAAGGCAGAGUGAGGCUGAAUGUGUUUUAAUUCGGAGAAAAAGAAAAGAGAGGAUUUCAGAGAAACAAGUGUCUUCCUUGGCUAGCAAGGAGGCAGUGGAAUUACAUGAAUCAAGAGGGACAUGCUGAUUACCUUGGCUGCAGCAGUGCCUUCAGUGUCUGGCCCUCUUUGGCAUUCCAACAAUCAAAGUUUCUUUUGAAAACUGGAGGACAGGCGUUUUUCCUGUCAGGCACUUGUCCCCUCUGUUUUAGAAAGAGUAUGAGGCUGCCUAAAUCCUUGAGUGUGCUUAACUUUCUCGGUGACCACAGAUGACAAACUUAGACUAGACAUCUGUUUUUUAAGAUGGCCAAGAUAAGGGAGACUGAUCCCACUGAAUUACAUUAUUUUCAGCCCAAGUGCUGUGUCUCUGAUCUUCUGUUGUGCUGCUUUUCAGCAUCUUGCACUGGCCAGAAUAAAUAGAAUCGAACUAAGUGUCAGAGGGAUAGAGAAGCAUAUUCCAAGAUAAGUGAAGUGUUACCACUGUAGCCAUGGUGACUGUUGCGAACAUGGGCUACUGCGCUUCUGCAGAUCCCUCCUAGCGUCUGAGCCCUUUGCAUGUGAUACCAGCACUGCCAGCACAACUCUGGGAUGCCAUUAGGAGUGUGACUUACAAAAGGUUUUGAGCUUUGAGCCCCUAGCCCGGUUAUGCAAAACCUGUGUGCCACAUUCAUCUGAACUGUAUGCCAGAAUGCCUGUGUAAACCUUAUCCUGAUGGUAAUAACACAUACAGAUUCUAAAGAGCAGAGAGAUAGCUGCCAGGUUAUCAUUAACAUACUUUUUUUUUGUGCUUUUGUGAAUUUGUUGGCCCAAAAUUAACUUUCUAUUAGCAGAAGGUGUCACACUGAGCUUCUUGUUUUCUAGGUAAUUAUUCCUUAGCAAUACUGUCUAAUGACUACUCUUGAAGCAAUAAGUAAAGCCAUGUUAAUCUCUUCUGUGUAGGCUCCUGUGCAACACCUAUCACCUUAACAAACCACUUUUCAGCAGGACAUUAAAUGGCAGAAUAACACCCUGAUGUGUACUGUUGGUCCUUCCAUCCUCUUCCUCAGAGAAGAAGAGCAUGUAAUGGAAUAAUUUGAUUUUUUUAAGUGGUGUUUUUUUUUUUUUUUUUAGUUUUCUAAAAGUAUAUGUUGCUACUCACUUAAAUAAUUAAGAGCAAAAUCAGAACUAUGGACCAGAAUUAGAAAAGAGUUUUGGAUGUAAAAAGUAUUUUAAAAGACUGUCUACUAAGUAAGACUGAUCUCACAUUCUAGAUAAACAAUAGGGGUAAUAGAUGUAAGACACACCCAGGAAUGAUAAAUAGGAGUAGUAAACCAGGCAGGUAUAUACAAUGGGUUGUUUCUGUUUUAUACACAAGAGUAAAUAGAUGCUUAAACCGAUUAAUACCCACAGAGGGCAAAUACUGUUUAAUCCAUUUCAGCAUUUGUUUAUUACCGGUACAUCCCUAAGGUAUUGUUUUUUCCUUUCUUAAUGAGAUUGGAACAUACUGUUAAAUCAAUAUCAGAGUUUCUGAACUUAUUGCAAAAGAACAAGCUUAGGAAUAAAUAAACAUCAAGGAGAGAUUUUUUUAGAUGUGAGCCAUUGCAUGAGAGAACAGAUCACAUGGAAAAGAAAAAGGAGGUACAGACAGAUAUAUUUGUUUUAGAAGUUUCUAUGGCACUUCUGGUUGAUUGAAAUAAUUCUGAAACUGUACACUGAAAGCCUGGCGUCUCAGUUCAGAUUAUUUGCAUUUCCUAAGAAGAAGCAGGUAAUUUUUAAAUUCACAUUAAGGGUCAUAGUUCUCAAUCCCAUUUUCUCUGCUUGAAUGCAACAUUUUUCUGAAAGUUGAAUCUUUGCUGAGUGACCUUGACGUUCUGGAUGCCUAAAUAAGUUUUGGAAAUGUGGGUUGGAAAUCCCCCCUCUAAAUUAAUUCCCAUGUGUUUGUCAGUGUUUAAGUGUAUAAACAUUCUUCUCUGGAAACUUCUUGUAGGUCCUGCAAGUAUAUAAAUAAGAAGCAUCUGAAGAAAGUGAAGUAUGUGUGUAGGAGAGGGCAGCUGUAUGUAGAUGUGGUGCUGAUGUUAGCUUUUAUCUAUUUGGAAGCUGGAUGACACAGAAAUUGUUCAUACAAAGUGCAAGAAAGUAUGGCACAUAGUGUCAUGAACUCUGAGGGUAUGAGGUUGAAUUUUAGCGUCUAUAAUCCUUAAAGUUUUAGUGGAAUUGCAUGAGAAAUGCAUGAUGUCAGAGUUUUUCAUUUUGAGCAAGAGUUGAAUCUCUACUUACAGAGAAAAAUUGUGGGGAGUAAAAGAAAAUCUAGAAAGCCUAAAUGCAAAAUGCAAAGAGUGUCCUGCUGUUUUGUAUUAUUUGGCUUUUCUGCAGGUAGGACUAAGAAUUCCUCCAUGAGUUUCAAUACUGAAUGCAACACUAGAUGUGAAACAGGGCAAGUGAGACACUUUGCCAACUGGAAAUUUGGAGGUGGUAGUAAGAAUGUCUUUUAAAAAGUAUAUAGGGAUAAAUGUUAACACUUUUUUAAAAAAUGGAGACUGCUUUGCUCUGUAAGUAAAUAUUGUUUAUAAAUAUCUAAACAGAAAGAAAGCUUUAAAUAUUCUUGUAUCAUAAUAAAAAGGUACAAAGUCUGUGAGAUAAUCUGCAGUUGACACCCUUUCCUUUAGAAACAGGAAUAUAUUGAGUUUUCAAAUGCACAUUCAACCAAGAGUUGUCUGUAGUAAAUUUCCAAGGAAGUGGUAUUUUACCCAGUAGCUUCUGCAGAAAUAUCAUGCAGAUUAUGUUGAGUAAGGCCAAAGUUUAAUUCCAUUGUUUAGAGCUUAGUAAGAGAUACAGAGCAUCCCAAAACCAAGCUUUAAAUAUGCUCACUGUCAGGACAGCAUUGUGCCCUUUACUGAAGUCUAAACAAAACCCAUUCUAGACAAAACUCCCAUCCUAAUACAUGACAUUUAUACUGCCUUGCUGAAAAUUAGGGCUUCACUAAGUUGCAGACAUUAAUGUCUUUGAUGUGAGAAUAUUCCUUAUUAUUCUUAUGUCUCACUGUGCCCAAGUUGCACUGGGGUCCUCUAGAGAACCAAGGUUUUGGGGGGUUGCUGUAAAUAUGAGUGAAAUUCAGCUGAUCUGCAUUUAAGCAUCUAAAACUUAUGUCUGGUCUGAGCUAGUCAGGUCAGUUCCCUCUACAGUCAGUGCAGACAUCCUGGCAUUUUAAAGAUUGAGCUGUCCUGGACAACGUGUUAGGGAUGAGAUAAACCACUGCCUUAGCUAUGCUCUUCCCUUUCCUCCCCAGUGACCACUGUGGAAGACUGGCUCAGAUUAGCUGCCAUGCUGUAGGUGAGAUAAAUCCCACUGCUGUGAAGAAUAAGAAGGUGUAAAAAAUAGAACAUCAAAUACAUAUGGAGACAAAAACACUGGGGCAAGGGCUAGGCUUCAGCCAGAGAUUCAAAGGGACAUGACUAAAAUUAUUAAUAUAUAAGAUUUUAGAAGUCUGACUAGGAGUUUAUUCUAGUUAUAAGAAAAUUCAUUUCAGUUUAAAACUAACAAUCUGUGAUUGUUGCUAACUCCCCAGUUUUGCUCUAAGAUAGCACUAGUGUAUUAUCUGAUGUAUUCACCAAGAGCCCUCUCUCCAAACCAUCAUCUUUACUGCUCGAUUCCGUCUGGAAAUAGCUACUUAAUAAAUCCAUCCGUCCAUCCGUCCAUCCAUCCAUCCAUCCAUCCAUCCAUCCAUCCAUCCAUCCAUCCAUCCAUCCAUCCAUCCAUCCCAGAAAUGUAUAUUUUUUUAACACUGAAAUAUAAAUUUUCCUCAACAAUUUUUUUUCUGUUUUGUUUUCUUGAAAAAAAAUUGCAGACACUGCAAUAUCGUAUACAGGUCAGUGUCUGCAGUCACUUGGGAAAGAAAGGAGAACAGAGGGUGAGGUGCUGGCUGGAUGUUCUCUCACACUGAUCAUAGUUACUAAAGCUUCUGUCUGACCCCUCUGAGUCACACUCGUGUUGUGAUGCCCUUGGAGUACCCAGAUUCUCAGGAGUCAGGAACAUGUGUAAGGCUCUGAGCCAGAGAGCAGUGGGAAGAACCAGGGCUGCUCCUCUGCUACACUGCUCCCAUACGUCUCUCUUCUGUUUGCAGUUGCCAUUCUGAUCCUUAGACAUCUGUGGUGAUUUUCAUUGCAGUCAUGGUCCGUGGGAAAGUUCUUCUUGAGAAGAAUCAAUAGUAUGUACUCCUCCACACUGUGAACUGUUGCUCUCCAGAGAAAAGGAUUAGAAAUAGUAUUGUCCUCAAGAGCUGAGAAAACUCGCAGAUUUUCCAUGUACAGUAAACAGUUUCUAUAAUUACCAUGAAAACAAAACAGAGAGGCAGAGCUGUGCAGCAGGGCCAGCCCAUCUCAUACACACUGCUGUGAUAAUGAAAUCCAAACCCUGUGGAAUUGCAGACACAUUAUUCUCACUUGCUUUAAAGGUCAGCUAAAAAGCUGAUUUCUCAAAUGGGCUCAUAGCUCCGAGACAACGUAACACUAGUCAUUUCCUCCAACAAAUUGCAGUUGUCAGAGAAACUGGAUUAGUAGCUCAUGGAGCUAAAAAUAGACACUAUGAGCUUGCCAGAGAGGGGUGAAAUCAGUGACAGAGGUGAAGGUCCAUCAAAAUAUCAUAACAUCUGGAGAAAAAGCAUCAGAAAUGCUCAACUGAAAUCAAGCUAGCCAUAAAAUUACAUUACAAAGAAUUGUAAUCACAAAGAAGAAGAAUGACAAUGUUUACUUUUAAUUCUUAUUCACCUUCUAAACCCGCUUGCAGUUUCUGUUUUAUCUGAUGAAUCAGUUUGGCCACAGUCCCUCCAAAGUUAAGUACCACAAGUUAAGCACUGAAAGUCAUGUUAAAGCCAUUAUUUGAAUACUGAAAAUAAGUUUUUGGCUUGACAUUUCCAUCUUCUUUGCAGGAGGGAGGAGAAGAUAAUUUAUUGCUAAAUUUAUUCAACUGAAAAAUAAAAGCUAAACUCCCAAAACCCAAAUCUAAUAACAGAUCUAUAGUGAAAGAAAAUUUCCAAACCUCAGCAAAUCUUUACUAAAAAGGGGGUAAUUAUUUUUCAUUGCCUCAAACAUUUGCAUUUUAAAGAAUUCUUUUCUGUGCCAUGAUUUUGCAAGUGCAUAUUGCUUCUUGCUUGGAUUUAACAAACUAAACAAAACAAACCACUUAUUUAUUCUUAAUUCUUCUUCAAUUACCUAUUUUCUGCAGCAGGGCAAUUCCACCAUACUGUGUAUGACCCUGAAGGAGCAGCAAUCCACUGCAGACAGAGAACCUCAGCCUGUUUAGUCAAGGUGAAAAAUUCUUCAAGGCACAGGCUGGAACUCAGCUAAGACAGGGCUGGCAGGAGUUGCAUGCUGUUUCUGCUAUGACUUAAGUAAUUCUUUUUAUUAUAUAUUCAAAAGCUGACCUAUGCAUAGCUCAGGAAUAACCUUCACCACUUUCUUUACAAACUCUUCCUGUAGUAUGUGUCUUUUCUGCACACCUGUUAUGAAAUCUCUGCAUUUCAGAUCUGGGGCACUGACAAGUACAGGGUAUAAAUAAUAACUUAUGUCAGUGAAGCAAAUCACUGUAAAAAAUAUUUGUAAAGUAUUUAUGCUCAUUGUCUUUUGGAUAUCUUAUCAGGUGAAGUUCUCUUUGCAAAUUUUUGUUCUUGCACAAGUCCUCAUUGUAAAAGAGGUCCAGACUAAUCUUGAUUGUGGGAAUUAAUUAGCAUCACUGCAGUUUAUCUGGCAUUCAGUGUGUCCCAUUAUUAUCAGGGUGAUGAGGUUCAGUGGUGGAACAGAAAUGUCAGGACAAGCAGCACGAGCAGUUACCUGCAUCGCACGUCCUACAUAUUAUCUAGACAUUCCAUGGCAUACUUUGAAUUUUAUAGAACAUGAUGUGACUGCUUAAAUUUGCAGAAAUGUAGUUAGAGAUAAAUAAUACAAAUAUGUGGACAUUGUCUGAUAGCUGUCUUGAGAUAUUAUGGUUAUAGUGUCACCUACCCUUGGGAUUACUCCAAACCAAAUCAUGCACCUUUAGCAUCCAUCCUUACUUCAGUGAAAAGCUUGGCCAUCUUCAUCCCUUUCCUUUUUAAACUUCAGUUUCUUUAAAGCUCAGAGGUCAAUGACUCAAGUAUUUUCCAGCAAAGUAUUACAAGAGAACAGUAACUGGGGUUUUUUUUUUGUUGGUUUUUUUCCCCCCUGAAUAUGAUGUGCUCCACUGCUAGGAAUGACUACAUUCCUGCUGGAUAUAAGCUUGACCUUUCCCAGUUUACUAAAAUUUGCUAAAGUUCUUCUUUGCAGGAUCCCAUAGUGUUUUGAAGAGGCUGUGUGUAUUUUGUUUGUGCAAGUCACAGGUGCAACACAUAAAUAUUAAGGUGUUCUCAGAUCACCAUCCUACAGAGUCCAACCAACUAUUUCACAGCCACAAAUAAUCCUCUAACUCUCUUUGCCACUUUUCUCUGCCUCUAUGGCCAACCUUAGAGAAGGAACUGAAUGCUACUAAAAAUAAUCUACUGGUUUAUAUUUAUAUAUUUCAGUGGGAUUAGUUUGCAAUAAGCAGAAACUUUUGCAAAACAAGCUUGUAUUAUUGGCACGAAAUUCACAGCCUGGGCCUACCAAGUCAUAGUUCAGUCUCUUCCCAAAACCUUUGAGAACAAAUUGAACUUUGCAGUAUCUUGCCUAGAAGAUAACAGUUUUCCAGUUGUCUGGGACUGUGAUUCUGACUCUCCUUUCUAAUCAGGAGUCAUGAAAUUCAAGAAAGUGUGAAUGGAAAGUAAUAUCUGGUACUUUGUUGAACAAUUUUUUCCAGCAACCAGCUGAAAUUGGUGAUUUAACUGGUGAUUCAUUCAGGCUCAUUUUCAUUUCCUCUGAAAGGAAAGCUAGAGGACAAUUAACUUUGCUGCCUUAGAGUUGUAUCUUUCAACUUUUCCCUUUAAUUUCUGUGUUGCCAAAGUAAAAUCUGAGGGCUAAUUCCUAUGUAAGAUGGUCACAAACAUCUGUAGUAGCAGAUCCAGACAUUUGUGAAGAUGACUUGGAUAAUUGUAGGAAGAUGGGUUUCACUUGAGUUCAUGAUGCUCAGUUCUGGGAGUGGGAAUUUUAGGAAGGGUUAUGGACCACCAUUGCUGGUGUGUCAAUUACUGAGAGCAGACCAAAGGGACAGAACUGUUCAGUAGAGUAAAGUUUCAGUUUCAGCUUUAUGAAUGCUGAGUAUUGCUGCUUGUCUUGUUUCAAUCUUCUCUGUUCUGGAUGCUGGAUAAAAGUAUUUGGUCCUCCUAAAAUGUGAAGAGUGACCACCUCCAAGGCUGCACUCCUGUGGAAAUGGACAAAUGUCCAUCCCCUGGGUGAAAAUGCUUUUUGCGUAGUUCUGUAGUACUAUUUUAGUGUUGUCUUACAGAGCUUAUUUGAAGAGACUUGUACAAGCAUUUUGCACUAAUAAGAUUACAACCUUGCACUAUCAACAAUGGUUGCUUAGCAUUAAAAUAAUCUUGGAUGCCAUUAAAGAGUACUAGAGUUCUGUCAGGGUUUAAAGCACUGAGAUGUUUGUGGACCUGAACCUGUUUGUAUGAAAUUUCUUACAGACAAAGGAUAAUCUAAUUAUUGACAGUAUUUCCAGUUUAGUAACACAUAGAGGAGGUAAGGCAGUGUCCCUAGAGACUUCUGUCAACUUAAUGAUUAAGAGAUUAAUUUUAGUACUCUGUAAAUCUGAACAUUAUUUUGAAACAUCAGCCUGCGAUCACUUGGGAGGGGAUGGGGCUGGUUAGAGUUUUGCUGUCAGAGGGCAUGAACAGAAAAGCCCAGAAAUCAUAUAAGCCAGGAUCUUUCCACACUGAAAUCAAGGGAUUAAUUGCAAAAUUGCAUCUGAUUACUUGUCCUGUAACUAGCUGUUCAGCAAAGGAAUCCACAUGCCAACAGAAGCAGACUCCAUACAAACUAUCACAUGCUGCAUUUCAAUUUUUUUAUUGGGAUUUGUUCGGCAGGCUUAGUGGUCUGGAAGUUCCAGUAAGUACCUCUGGUUGAAAGUUGCUAUUUCAGUUAUGAUUGCUUCCCCAAACCAACUGAAUUUAUUACUAACCAAAGACUUACCUACUUGAAGAAAAAAAACAAAAACAAAACAGUAAAUUUGGUUCUGUCAUUUGCGUCUUUGACUGUGAGCAGUUGAAGUGCAUGAUGUAUGUACUAACCAGGCCUGUGCUGUGGCAUUGAACAAGUUAUUCAGGGCUGCAGCACCAGAAUAACACAUUUAGAAUUCAAUAUUAAUCCCUCCUUGGGACCAUGAGUCUGUGUAAAAAAACUUGAUGUGCCAUAUGUGUAGGCCAUGGGAAAAUUGUGUGUGCAGUGAACUAUACACGGUCUUAAAAGCUUUAACAUUUGUACUGCUCUUCCUAUAACAGAAUGUAUGUCUUGAUAGCUGUUGAUCCUAUGAGCUUCUGAAAAAAAAAAUGUAAUCUAAAGUUUAUUCUUCUUGUCUUAAAAUUACUGUUUUGUGUCUAACUGUUUACACAGACCUGCAUACAGCAAAGGGUCUUUCUCUGUAUGUUGCUGGGAAAUGGAAAAGCAGAUGCUAUUUGUAAAUCUUGCAGGCUUAGAGAGAUCAGUGAAUGCCUUUCCUGAAUCUCCUCCCGAUAAGCCACUUCUAUUUACUAGCAAAUGCAAACAGUGCCAAUAGCCUGGGCCUUCUUUAGAGGAAACAAAACAGCCUUGUUCUGUUCCACUUCUAUUGAUGCUUCUUAUUUUAAUCUUUUUGCCUCCUUUUGAGUAGGCUUUGGUGAUACAAUUCUUCCAAAGUGUAACUGAGGACAGUUUGCCUUUUUUAUCCCUCUUUUUUCAAAGUCACUGAAGGCCUCAAACAAGAAGAAGAAACUUUACAAAGCUCAUGCAGGUAUGUUGUUAACAGAUAGCAGAAGGUUAAACAGCCUUCUCAGAGUAGCCCAGACUAUCUUUUAGCAGCAUGCCUGCACUGUGUUGUGACUUGACAUCUCGCUUUCACAGUGUGACCUGCUAUUAAUGGUGUUUGUUGCAAUGAGGUCCUUUUAGUUUGUCCUAAAAGAUUUUACUUGUUUGUCACCACAUUAGAAACAUAAUGUACACUGUAUAAGAAAAGCAAUAUACAAUAUACUAUACAUCUUCUAUUUCAAUGCCUCCAGUUUUAGGCUAGUAUUCAUAUCAGUGUUUAUAAUCAAAAUACAGGUUUCUCUCAUUCUUCACAGGACCAAGCGAAGUUUUGCCUUGUCUAAAUACUAACAGUAACAUUUCUAUUCAACAAAUACUCUUUUCUCAUGCUUCUGGUUUUCUUGUGAUGGGCUCCAUCCUACUGAUUCCCCAUUAAUGCAUUUGAAAGGGAAAAAUAAUGGGCUAUUUCAGUGCAUGACCUUUGCACAGUACCUGAUUCAUAAAGAUAAAUAGAUCCAAAAUUUCAUUUAUGAGUUACUAGAGAUCAGCAAAACAACAAAAAUCCUUUGAAGUUCAGCUGAGGAAAUUCUGAAGUUCUUGUAUUGCUUAUUGAGUUUUGCAGUUUUUUGAGUCGUUGUAAUGGAUAUAUUUGAUGAAGCUUUUGCCAUAACACUGGCAUCUUCACAGAAGCUGUUCUAAUUUCUGCUUCCAAUUAUAUGUGAAAGUGUACUGUAGAGAAAUUAUCUGGAUUUAAAAAAAAUCAUGCAAGUUUUAUUCAUGUCAAUUCUUGCUUUAUUUGACCUCAUCCUCUGGUAGGUAGCUCACUUUAAUUAAUUCUUGUCAUAGUAGUAGUACAGUGUCCAUAAAAAUGUUUCUGCAGUGAAACCUCACUCAAAAAUAUUUUGAUCCUGAUUGUGACCAGGAUGCCUUUAUUUCAGAGUUCAGUCACUGAAGAGGUGGUCAAAGAAGACAGAAUAUUAGGAAAAAUCAAGAAAUUUUUGUGUAUAUAGUUAAAAAAAGUGAUAUGACAGAGAAGAAAUUGAGUUGAUUUUUUUCCUCAUUAAAAUUUGCUUAUACACAUUACAGCUGCUCAUAAAAUAUUUAUUUCUUCCUUCACUGUCUUUCUUUUGCAAUCAAAAGAUUUCCAAAGCAAAAAAGUUACCUGGUGACUUUGUACAAAUUACGUAGCAAAUGCAAUCCAGACACCAAAUCCAUCCAGACUUUAGCAGUCCCCAAGGCAGCUAAUUCACUGGAAAUCAUUGACAGAGCUUGUUCUUCUGAACACUGUAAUGACACAGGAUGAAAUGCACCAGUUCACUUACAUUGUUGGCUGCUCAAGAUUCCACCCAGACUGUAUUUAUUAUUCUUCUCCCAUUGCUUGGAAAGGAGGAAAAAAAAAGGAAAAAAAAGCUUAGGUCUGUGUCUCUGCAUUACUCGAGUUCCCAUAUGUGCCGACUGCAUCUGAUAGUACAUUGCAGACUUGAUUUCCUGUGACAGAGAAGAUGGUUUAUCUCUUUUGUGCUACCUUUUUUUUUUUCCUGUCAGGAAUUUUUUGACAUCUCUUCAGCCAUGUCAGUAACUUUUUUUUGGCUCCUCAAUGUCUGGAAAUCCUGGAUGAAAGGCCAUGCUAAACAUGUGCAGAACAAUUCUGUAUCUCAGGUGAGAAGUUUUGUAAGGAUAUUUUAGGUUUAUUGCUAGGGGCAGGCCAACUUUCCGAGUUCAGUGGGCUCACCUUAUGCUGUAGAGCUGAUGUGUAGAGGCACAACACAUGUUGACAUGUAACUCAGCCAUGCAGACACAUGGUCAAUGCAGUUCAGCAUGGCAAAUCCUGAGAAAAUGGAAUUUGCAGCAAUUGGAAUUUCAGAUGUUGGCAGGAGUACAUGAUUUGUACCACCUGCUCUCUCUUGUGUCAUGGAAACUAUCUAGAAAUAUAGGAAAAUAAGUAGGAAAGAAAAAAGAAACAAAUGAGGCUAAUUGUGAGGCAGAGCUCAUUUAUCAAAUUUCACGUUCCAGAGGUGGAACUAAAACCAUUCAAAUUCAGUGGUCAAUGCUGAUCAGCCAUCUCAUAGGAGUUCCAUCUCAGUUUCCAUAUGUAAAUUUCAUACUGAGCAGCUUUAAUACUGCCACGGGCAGGAGGUGUUUGGCUUUUCAAUAACCACUGAAAGAUUGGGUAGAGAUUGGUUGCUGGAGUGCUCAAUACCCAAAUACCCAAAUACUCAAUACCCAAAUACCCUGCUGGGUCUUGGCAAGUGGAAUUCAGUUUCCAGCCAGGUUUUGUGGCAGGAACUUUGAAUGUUCUUAUGAAUCAGGACUGACCAGGGGUGGUCCCAAGCCUUCAGAACACACAUCCAGGACCAGUUUUACACACAUCCUAUACACAUGCCUACGGAUUUUAUGAAUCAGGUCUGUGAUCAAUGUUUUGAACAGUUCGUUUGCUGCAGUUUCAUGGGGUUAUUCUCUCUUGGUUUGCACUGUAAAUAAUACUGUACAUCUCCUAUUUUAUUAUACAAAUGCCAUGUGAGUUGCUUAUUUUUAAAAUGUUAUAUAGCUCUGUUAUGAUUUAUUUGCGAUGACAUAAUACAGUAUUGAUUUAAUAUACAAUGUAUCUCAAUGGCAUGAGUGAAAAUGCUUAUAUUUUGCAAUGUCAAAUAUUUUAUUUUUGUUUUUUAAAAUGAAUACAUUUCAUCCUAUGCAGUUCCAUAAAUGUUUCUUAAGUGGCUCAUUAUGUCUGGAAAGAUUGCUUCCUCUCCAGUAGUGCAAGCAUAAGAACUAGUAUUCCUGAUCAAAAUCAUCAGAUAUAUCAUCUAGCAAUUUCAGAUUAGAAAUGUAUGUACAAAUAUGUAAGCAUUUAUAGUUAAUCAGAACAUUUAUUAUAUCUUCCUUGCUUUUCAUGUAAUGAUACAUUUUAAUCAUUUUGUAUUCUUUUUAUUUGUAAUUAUUUGUGACUCAUACACAGUGUAAAUAACAUGUUUCAUUAUGCAAGUUUUCUAGGUAUUCAAGACUACAAAAAAGUUUGUAUAUGAAAAGAAAUUGAUAGUAGAUUGGAAUGACAUAAAAUAAAGUGGUGAUGACUAUGUUCUAUUUAUACUGUUCAUUCCCAAGAUGUCUGUUAAAGAAAAAACAUUUUAUUUGCCCUUUAAUGUCCAACCAGUUAUUUGAAGUAUAUUUACAUCAAUAAAUCAUGCAAAAGUCUAUUAAAAGUCAUGAAGAAUCAUUGAAA